AUGAAAGAAGCCAUCGUAGAAGCGGGCCCCAAGGUCCACAUCAUCGACUCGCCCACCCCCAAGCCUGGCCGGGGUCAAGUUGUCAUCAAAGUCAUCUUUAGCGGGAGUAACCCCAAAGACUGGAAGGUCCCAGAAUGGGUCGGGGGCGAACCUAUCAACCAAGGCGAUGAUAUUUCAGGCAUCGUUCACGAAGUCGGCGAAGGUGUGAGUGAGUUCAAACCCGGGGACAGAGUGGCCGCAUUCCACGAAAUGCGCACACCGCAUGGUAGUUGGGCCGAGUAUGCUCUCAGCUGGGCUCACACCACCUUUCGCCUGCCACCGAAGGUUUCUUUCGAAGAGGGCGCCGCACUCCCCCUCGCAGCAAUGACAGCAGCCCAGGGCCUCUUCGCCAAACUCCGCCUCCCGGAACCCUGGCUGCCUGCUACUCGCCCCAUUCCGCUAGUCAUCUAUGGCGCCAGUUCCGCCGUAGGCUACUACGCGCUGCAACUCGCUCUGAAAGCCAACAUCCACCCACUCAUCUGCGUCGCCGGCCGCGCCCAAUCCCACGUGGAAUCCCUAAUCGACAGAUCCAAAGGCGACACCAUCGUCGACUACCGCAACGGGAACGAAGCCGUCGUCAAGGGACUACGAGACGCACUUAAAGGCCAGAAAUUGGAGUACGCGUACGACGCGGUGUCGGAGAAGAACUCGUACCAGAACAUCGGCGAAGUGCUCGACCACCAUUCCGGCCAUAUCACGUUUGUCCUUCCGGGCGGCGAGUACAAGGAGAUCCCGGAUACGAUUGACAAGACGAUUACGCGGGUGGGCGACGCGCAUGGCACGCCGGACGACUUGAAGGAUUUCUCGAGUGUGUAUUUCAGGUAUUUCAGCAAGGGCUUGGAGGAGGGGUGGUUCAAGGCGCAGCCGCAGGAGGUUGUACCGGGUGGACUGGAAGGGGUGCAGAAGGCUCUGGAAGGGUUGAAGGAGGGUAAGGCGAGCGCUGUCAAGUACAUCUUCAAGAUCGCCGACACUCCUGGGGCGGGGAAGUAG